CUCAGUGUUCACUCCUCGGCCGCGCAAUUAGCACUGAUAACAGUAGAUAAGGUUAUCAUUACAUCUCCGGCGACGAACGAGCGACAUUGGACUUGAAGUGCUCAUUCGAUGGGAACCUGCGGCUAUGGUGAAGCGUUCGCUUAGGAACUGAGGUUGAGUUCAGUUGUGUCUUGUUAUGAGAUGUUCCUUGUCUCUAAGAAACAUUGCGUAAAUUGUCCUUAAAAUGAAAAGUCGUGAAACAGUAAGUUUUGAAAUAGAAGUGUGAAGGUCUCGAAGAUCAUGGAUUCAAGAAAAAAUGACGAGGAGUUCGAUGAAGUUAAUAAACUUUACGAUGAAUGUUUAAAUUACUUAAAAAACAUCAGCAGUCGUCCUUGUGAAGAUGAUAAAAUGAAACCAGCAAAUAAAGACCCGGAGCACAUAUACGAGACCAUAGAAGCCAUGAGUGAGAAAGUUGAGAACAAACACUCAGAAGACAUGUACAGUAGACCCAACAAAACUGAGAACAUCGACAAACAUCCCGCAGUACAAUAUAAAAUAGAAAACGAAGGCUCUAAAGGAAGUUUAAAUUCACUGUCUGAGACCAAAUCUGAACGACUGAGACGGCUGUCGUCACAAUUACCCAGGAUCAUCAUAACAAAGAGCAACUCCAGUCUGGAGUCGAAGAUAGAUGAAAACAAGGAACUCGGACCCGGGACAAGGAAACACACUCACCAGAGAAUCACCAACACACCUGUCUCUGAUAAGACUGUGAUUAAGAGCAGUUCCGAUAACAGGAGGUUGGAACCUCCUCUACGGUACAAGGCUCACUGCGACUUCCCUAAACGUCUCGUCUCCAAGAGUGGGAACGAGAAUGUAGCACUCAUCUCAAACGUACCGUUCGCUAAAAUCCGUCUCCUCAACGACACCUUCCAUACCUUGAUAAACCUCCGUUGGCGCUGGCUGGUGGUGGGCACGGUGGUGGUUCACUUCUCCAUCUGGUUGGUGUUCGCCGUAUUCUGGUACGUGACGGCGAUGGCUCACUACGACCUGGGACCGGAGCCUCCUCAGAGAACCUGCGUCACCGGCGGAACUGACUUCGUGACCAUCUUCCUCGCCUCCGUUGAAGCUCAAACGACCAUCGGGUUUGGGGAUCGAGCCAUCGACGAGGAGUGUCCAGAGUCUAUCUUCUUAUUUAUAAUGCAGUUAAUCCUGGGCACUGGUUUGUCCGGAGUCCUCACCUGCGUUGUGUACGCUAAACUCACGAGACCAGAGAAAAUGACGAGGGAUGGAGUCGGGUUCAGCAAGAAAGCUGUUAUCUGUUUGCGGGACGGCCGCCUGUGCCUGAUGUUCCGCGUCUGGGACCUCAACUACGACCACAUCAUCAGCUCCGAGUUUUCAGCUCACUUUAUCAACACUCACAGAACAAAAGAAGGUGAAGUAAUCCGCUACCACGCUCAGACGCUGCCUCUUCAUCAGCGUCAGUUCCUUCUGUGGCCAGUGACGUUGGUCCACGAAAUCGACGAGCACAGUCCUCUGUACAAAAUGACUCCCAAAAACAUCAAUGAAUACAGUUUUGAGAUAACAAUAAGUUUGAAGGGAGCCUCCGCUUCCAUGGGCACGUUUACGCAGAGCCAGAGCUCCUACCUUCCUCGGGAGAUCGUCUGGGGUCAUCGAUUCCUGCCCGUCGUCAAAUAUGACGGUCGGAGACAGAAGUACGAAAUCGACCACUCCAAGCUGGACACCACGGAACCCGCGGAGACGCCGUAUUGCAGCGCCUAUGACUUGUACAGGUCCUCGAAUACUCCAGCUAAGACGGAAUGUCCGUCGACUCCGGGCAGCUUCUGUGAGAUGAUGUCAACAUUUCGUAUCGGAAGACAAUCCUCGUUCAGAAGACGAGACAAAUCGUAAAAUGAAAAACGUUUAUAACACUUGAUUACAACAUCAGUGUUGUAAUCAGACAGUGUUUGUAUAGUAAUAAAACAAAAUAUUGGCGUUGAGAAGAGGCUGACCGUUUUAUAAGAAUAUAUAAGUGGUAGGUGGUCGAUACAACUCUGGGGAAUGUAUGAGAAUAUUGAUAUUACAAAUCUGACUAUUUGUUUUUAUAAAACUAUCCGUAUGGUUCUGUUAAAAAAGCGUUGAUGUUGCUUUGAUUGUUAUUAUUGCAUUCAAAUUAUUAUUAUAUGUAUUGUCAUUGUUAAUAAAUUAACUACGGGAUCAAUUUUGAUAUUAUAAAAUUUAAGAUAAUAUUGUGCAAAGUAAACACGUCACACACACGGACAGAGUCGUUGUGGCGCGGCAGAGCGGGUAGUCGGGAAUGGGCUAUAAAAGGGCCUGCAUGGGCCUAGUGUAGACUUUCCCAUCACCCGAUGCCACCCUCCCCUUCAACGGCGUUCUAAGCCGAGGUCCGGCCUCUUAGAGGCACCUUUGGGACGGGCGUGACCCCUCGGGCUCUUCAGGCCCGAAUUUAACAGGUAGGUCCCAUCAGGCCACCCACCCCUCCUAGUGACCCUGUCAAGCCAAGCCAAUAGGGCUAACACCUAAAGUGAUGUCGAAACUAAAAAAAAUAAUUGUGUAGACUGUAGUCAUUCGUACUUGACUCAGUACAAAGCUCUAAGCACACGACAAAACUGUCGCUUUGCUUGGUAGAACCAGGGUGCAGUAUUUCAACAUAGCCAGCUGCGUUUGUUGUGUAGUUCUGCUUUGCGACACUCCACAUGUGACCUUUAUAGUUAAUUCUAAACUGUUAUCAUUAUUUAUGUCAUUGACUUUGUAGUAAAUAACAUAAAUAAUCAAUUCAAUACCAUUAAAUUUAAAGAAAUAAAUACCUUUUUUUCAUAAUGAAGAAUUUUAGAUGUUUAAAAUUAUCAGGUUUCACCUGCAUAACCAUAGCUACGCAGAUGUGCGAGUGCAGACAUAACAACGAGUCUUGGUUGGUAUAAAUAGAGGCAAAAUAGUACAGAUUCAAAGUAUUCUAGUUCGAGCCGUGUCAGCGAUCGGUCCUCUUCGACAAUAAUCAAGAAUAAGGCAUUCGUGGAGUCAGUCAUGCUGAAAUUACUCUUUUUAAAAACAAUGAAGUGACAUUAACUUCAGCAUAUCAUACUCAUUCCAUUAAAAUGGGAACUCAAGAUUCCUGACGCUGGACCGCUCCUACCUCUUGACCCUAUCCUAAUUUAUUAUAUUUUAAAAUCGGGUUGGAGCUAAAAAAAUAUCUGGAUCCAAUAGUAUAUCGGAUCGAAGUCUAAUAAGGUCUCACGAUGCACUUAUAACUCAAUUCAAACGAUAAAACAUUCACUUUUAGACUCUUUAUGAACAUAUUUUAUUGAAUUGAUUUAAAAUAAAUGUUAUAAAGUAUCCACCUAUAUUUGUGAGUAUGGGUAUAACGCCAGAUGCAAAUAAAUAAAUAUCACUCACAAAGAGACAACUCCAACCCAACUAUAUGAAAGUGGAAAUAUAUAUUAGGUAGCAUUGUAGAAAAAAGCUAAUCGGUGGUCGGUCAUUUAUCACAAAGUUGUACAAAAUUUACAAUAGAUGGCGGUUUCUAAAGUUACCUAGUCAAGUUUGUAAUUUACACUACUAAGUUUCCACUAGGUGUCCACUAUACGUAGCAAAAGCCCAUUUAUUUAGUCAGGUUUGUGGCUUACCGUUACCUGAGGGUUUUUUUGCAUGCCUAAGUCUAUAGAAACACUUGCCAUGUUAGGGUUUUGAUAAAAAUCGCCACACUGUGUAUGCGGGUCGGCGAUCGCAGGGCGUAACUUAUCGUACCUGCAGCAGUGUCCCUGCUGAUUGCGACUGGUCCGGUAACAUAUUUAUUUUUACGCUACUUUAAAUCGUUAUACCCUCAUUAUUUAUUCUUUAAGCCUCGUCCGUUGAACUUAAGGAUGUGCCGCGUGGAAGAAAUGUUUAGUCGGAGAGCAAGGAUCGUUGGCGAUCCUUUUAUGCCACAUAAUAAAAGAAUAAUGGGAACGAAAUGAACACAAAACAAAUGAAUCUGAAGUAAACAGAAAUCCAUCACGAAUAAGUUUACUUUCCUUUAAAACAAUUGUUGUUUUUUCUAGACAUUUCGGUAUCACGAGAGUUCAUAGCAUGACAACAUCUCGUGGAUCCGGUCACUGGCAAAAACUUCUUUAUUGUAUAUAUUGAAUAAAGAAGAAGAAACAGCGUCUAUGGAAAGAUUGGAAUUCUUCUGAUUUGUAAAUACAGUAUGCUUAGCGAUGUUGGAACAACGAAACGAACACCGUGCAAACUAUUAAAAACUAACUGUUGGGUUAUUGGUCAGUAUAUUGAGAGUUCGUAUAUUGUACUUCUAAAGUCAUGAAAAUUACGUUACAUGUAUUAAAUGUUUGGUACUACGCAGCAAUCGAAGCCUCAAUAUAAAUCCCUAUUUUUAUUAUUUUCACUUCCAAGAUUACGAGACAGGGAAGAACGAACUAAAAAGAUAUGUACUUAAAAUUCCAGUUGAACUAUUCUUGUUAGUAAUAUUUGUAAUUUAUAAAAGGAGUUUCACGGUUAAAAAAAGAACUUUUACCGACGACAAGCAAGGCUUCCCGGAUACGUGUUCAGAUGUCGAUACUCAAUAUGAAUUUAAACCGUUUAUGAAGUAAAUAUAACUUCAACAUUGAAAUAAAACAAAUUGUAUUUCAGAGUUACUACGCGAUUUUAAUUAUUUUAAUUGCAUACUCCUAACGUUUCGGUUACUUUUCAGCAACCGUGAUCACGGGCAGACGAGAUGAGAAUGUCUGUCUGAUUUUUUAAUUAUAUUUAAAAUUCGGGACAUAUUACACUCCUGUUAAGCGAAAGGCCUGAUCAUUAUUUUGUUUUGGGGUCCAGGUCACACUGGUAUUGAUGGUAAUGACUCAGUGGAUUCGUGCGUCAAGCAGGCAACCCAAAUUAGCGCUUAUUCAUGUCAUUGAAUAUAUCUACAUUAUCUAAAUCAUCGUCGGCGCAAGACUGUUUGCAGACUCGUCGUGGUCAUUACGUAUCAGUGAACCGUAUACAUGAUGACUUUCACGGGAAGAUAGUUGCAGUGGUUUCCCCUCGCCUUCUGCACCAGCACUUUUUUGGGGCAAUUUAGACCCCAAGGCUUGCUGUAGCCUGUUCCAGACAGUGGUGUCUAAAUACUCUUAGAAAGUACUGGCAAUUAUCCCAGCAUUAGCCUGGGUCUGCCUUCCUGCUCAAACUCCUCCACUUUGUACGGUCUUAAACAUCCGCGGUGGUAAGUCCAUUGGCUCUCAUAUUCUGCUUCACGGUGUCCAGCCAUCGCUUUUUUGGGCGUCCUGGGGGUCUUGCUCUAGGGACCGACAUAUCAAGGCAAAUUUUUCCGACGUAGUUCUCAGGUCGGCGUGCAACGUGGCCAUACCAUCUCAGGCGACUCUCUUGAAGCUUAUCCGCUACGUCACGGACUCCAAGACUACCUCGGAUAAAUGUGUUACGUAUACGGUCAGCCCGCGUUACGCCACACAUCCAGCUCAGCAUCUUAAUCUCCGUGACGUAAAGCUCCUGAGUGUGCCUGGACAGUGUUGGCCAACAUUCGCUUCCAUAUAAGAGAACCGGUCGGAUUAUGCUCUUGUAUAUUAGUCCCUUGAGCUUGGUAGGUAUUCUGCGGUCGCAGACCACACCUGUGACCUCACGCCAUUUCGCCCAAGCAGCGCUGAUCCGGGCUUGGACAUCGUGAUCGAUGCCUCCGGACUCAUGCAGAAUAGAUCCAAAGUACCUAAACUUUUCCGACUUAACGGCUGGUUCAGGACCUAUAUGGAUAGUGCAAGAGUCCGGGCUUCCGCAAGCCAUGUAUUCGGUCUUCGUCACAUUUAGUUUAAGACCACCGUUCUCAAGCGUACCCUUCCAGAGGUUCACUCUUCGCUCUAGCGUCAACCUGCUCUCAUCAAUGAGCGCUAUGUCAUCGGCAUACAUCAUCAGCCAUGGAGGCUGGUAUGGAGGCUGGUGCUUCAACGAGGGCUUAUACUUGGUAAGUAAUAUUUUGUAUUUUGUAAAACUUUCUAGACUCCAGUCAAAAAUUUAAUUGUUUGAAUAAAAUACCUGAAAGCUAUUCAUAUUAAAGCUAGUGAUUAAACGCUUAUCAAUUAUCAGAAUAAAGAUUGGGACAUAAGUAUGGAACCGUGUUAUCAAGAUAUCCGAAACUCGUCGCAAUUAAAACUAAAAUUCUGACGCUAUUUAAAACAAUACUUUAGAAUAGACUGGGAGACGAUAUGAAGCAUGCCGAUGCAGUGAGUCGCAGUUCAACAAAAGGUCAUACUCAGUCAAUAAAAGACCUAGUUAGUUAACUCUUACUUUCAUGUAAAUUAGUACACGCGAAAACCUUAGAUGUCAUUAAAAGACAUUUAGUUUUGUCAAGUUUUCGAGGGUAUCUAAUAUAUAUAUGAUAUUCGCUGGUGACUGGUGUUUCACUAUCAGUUGCAAGAUAAUUAAUUACAUAUCACAAUAAGCCAAUCACCGGAAGGUUAGGCAUGUAGUGAUAUUAAAAAUAAUUAUAAAAAUAAUAAUAAUCGAUUAUGUACGAAAUCCUUUAAUAGGUCAGUUUCUUUUACAAGGAUGAAGUUUAUGUUAAAAUUUCCCUACCAAAUAGAAAUAUUGGUUUUAAGAGAUGUGGGGAACUAAUUAAAUCGGAUUACUGGUUUCCUAAUAUGACUCGUUUUAUUAAAAAAUAUGUAAAUAAUUGCUUAGAUUGUUCUUAUGCAAAGGAGAUUUUAGCAAACAAAACUGUGAAUUGCAUUCCUAAGCCACCCAUCCCGAUGGAAGUAGUUAACAUUGAUCAUCUCGGGCCUUUUAGUAAAACUAAAAAGGGUCAUCAAUAUAUUUGAAUGAUAAUCGGUUUCUUUAGAUUAGAUAUGAGAUAUCAAUAUGAUAGGCAUCGUGAACCUGAGAGUAAGUUUCUCAAGAGUGAUUUAGUUCUCUGGAAGCAAUCGCCGACGGGAAGUGAAGUUAAACUGCUGCGACUGCUGUAUUCUGGGCCUUACGUUGUAAAAGAGAUUCUUAAUAAGGGGCGGUAUGAAAUCUUUAGCGUUAAAGUUAUGAGCUGUUAUAAAAAGUUUUCGGGAAUUGUUACAUCAGAUUCUGUUAGAGAAUAUCGUAGUGCUCCGGACUGUAGCGAGACUAAUAUAUUUUUUUUAUGAUAAAGGGGGGAAAACGAGCAGACGGCCUAUUUGAUAGAGGUAGUACUGUCUCCCAUGGACAUCCGCAAAAUAAUUUUGCGGAUGCGUUGCCACCUUUGUUUGGGGAAGAGAGAGAGAGGAAAGGUUGGAAAAAGGGAAACGCAGCCAUUAAACGCUUCUUCACGCCGAUCUUCUCUGAGAGAGUUGUACUUCCCCGGUCGUUCCAGCCCACUUUCGAUCUGUAGUUACAUGACUACAGCUAGGCUUUACCACCUUAAAUAGUAGAGAUUAGGACGGAGAUGACCUUAUUGAUUUAUUAGAAAGCUAAUUGAACGUUUGCGCUUAUUGAGGUACCAUUGUCCCGGGAUAGCGGACUGGUAAAAAAAUAAUAAAAGUAGGUGCGGUUUUGAUUAAGGGGCGACAGCGGUCCGCAACACUAGCGGACGAGGUGUGGAAUGAUGUGCUGUAUCGCGAAGGGAUGAGGAGAGGAAUGAUAGUGAUUAUGUAAAAAACAUGUUUGAUAUAAUUAGUCAUUAUUCUGUCGAAAUUGGCUAUUAACAAGUGUUUUACAAAGAAGUUGUACAGUUUUAAUUUUUUUUUUUAAGUCUACCGUGUCUUGUAAAUAAAGUAAUAUAUGUUAUUUUAUAAUCUUACCACAAUAAAUAAUUUAAUGUUGCCUACACACUGUGUUACAACCAUUAAACAAAACGACAACUCAUCCGAGGAGUCAACUGUAUAUUUUAUCAAAAAUACUUAAUAUUAUUCAUAUUAAUUUUUAUUGUAUGAGCAAAACAGAGUUUAUAGGUUCUGUAUAACAAAUAUAUAAAGUAUACUCGUAACUAUACUGGACUAGUAAAAAGAAUUUGAACCGUUACUUAUAGCCUUUUACUUUAUAAAAUAAAAGACCUUUGUCUGUACACUACCGUGUAAUAAAAUUAUCUAGACGCCACGAGGAUUGUUAAGCCAAGGAUAGACUCGGGGACAUCUGUUGCAGAUUGUCAUGUAAUAAGUAUUCUGAAAUAUAAUAAAAAAUGCUAGUUAUUAAAGUCCCGUAUUUUUAAGAGAACUGCGUAGUAUAUGAAGCCUAACAAAGAUGUUUUUUUUUUCAUAAACUAUAAAAUUUUCGUAUAUUGAUUUUUAAUUGUCCGACAAACUAAUACUUACGCCACUUUCCUCCUCUUUCAGAGCGGAGCAGGUCGUCCGACGACAGGCAGCAGGGACGAAGCGGGGACAAUCCUGUUUUACAAACUCAUUCAGUGGUACCGGGUUCUUUACCCAGUUGACUACCUCAUUAGCGUUCACC